CCCAAGCAAAGAGCAAUGACAUCAACCACAGAAUCUUCAUGCACAACCCAGACGGUGCAAGGCACACACCGGUUCCAGAUCUGCCAGUUCAGCUACGGGAAUGUUGGUGACAAUGACUACAUCCGCUCUGGAACCUUCAGUGUGGGGGGAUUCGACUGGGUUAUCGUGUACUGCCCAGACGGCGAUGGCGUCGAUGGUGAGGAAUACAUAUCGGUUUACCUGGAGUUGAUGAGCAAGUAUGCGGAGGCUUCGGCGCUCGUGGACCUGAGACUGAUCAACCAGGUCACUGGAGAGGCGUGCACGAUAUGCGCGGAGAAUGAGGUGCCAAACCAGUUCAGGUCUAGCAGCUUUGAAGAGGCUACCUGGGGGAGGGAAAAAUUUAUCAGCAAGCGUGCUUUGAAAGAUUCGGUGUAUCUUAAAGAUAACUGCCUUGUUAUUGAAUGUGUCGUUACCGUGGUGAAUGAACUUAGGGUGUCUGGAAACAAAGCAUUCUAUGAAAUUGAAGUCCCUCCCCCAAAUGCACUAGAGCAUUUUGGCAAGAUGCUCAAGGAUGCGUCCAGGGCAGAUGUGACCUUCAAGGUUCGAGGAGAAACGUUUCCUGCCCACAGGGCAGUGCUUUCUGCCCGGUCGCCGGUUUUCAAAGAGCAGCUCAGUGAACCCAUGAAGGAGAACAAGAUGCAGCAUGUAACUAUCGAUCGCAUGGAACCGGCGGUUUUCGAGGCUCUGCUCCAUUUUGUUUACACUGAUUCCUUGCCUACAAUGGAUGAUCUUGACAGAGAUGAAAAAGAUGCAGUGGUCCAGCAUCUACUUGUAGCAGCGGUUCAGUAUGGUCUAGAGAGGCUGAAGCUCAUGUGUGAACGCAUCUUGUGUAUGAGCCUUGAUGUCAAGAAUGUGGCUGUUAUACUGCGUCUAGCUGAUCGACAUAACUGCUGGAAACUCAAAGAAGCUUGCGUCGAUUUUUUGGUUCCUUCGGAGAGAAUCGAUGAUGUGAUGAAAACCCAUGACUAUGAGACUAUGAAGUUGUUUUCUCCUUCUCCAUUAGCAGAUGUGUGGGAGAAGAGUCGUCGCUCCCGCAGAAGUUCCCCUUAGGUAUUGUAAUGUACUCUCCACUUGCUUCAUAGUAGGCCUUUCUUCUCCCUGGAGACGCAGACACAUCUCGGCAAGAGAGGCAAUGGUAUUGAUUUCAUCCUCAUUUGCUUCUUCAAGAACUUGAGUAGCCACCACCUCUCUUACUGGUCUCACUUUGAUCUCUGAAAUGAAGUAAAUGGACAAGUUCUGA